CCCCAGCCCCAUCUCUUCUCCACUCUGCUUGAGUCUUCUGGAAUGGACCUGCCUGCCAGGAAGCCAGGUCACCCUUGGUCCUGGUCUUGCCUGCCCCCUGGGGAACACAGAUUUUAUUUAUUUAUUUGACAGAGAGAUACACAGCGAGAGAGGGAACACAAGCGGGGGGAGCGGGAGAGGGAGAAGCAGGCUCCCCGCAGAGCAGGGAGCCCGACGCGGGGCUCGAUCCCAGGACCCCGGGAUCAUGAUCUGAGCCGAAGGCAGACGCCUAACGACUGAGCCACCCGGGCGCCCCUGUUCUGCGUACACUCCCUGACAACACCCAGCACCGACUUACUCACCUAGGCCGUCUCGACAGCACUGACGGUGGACGCUGCUGUUCAGGUUGUGUGGUGAAAGUCUGUUUGUGUGCAGGAAGCCUGCCUAUGAAUGUUGGAAAAUGCAUCUGUGCAUGUCUGUGGGGGCAUUGGGACCACGCUGGCUCUAGAGAUCUGUUCCGUUUUACAAGUUCUACAAGCAGCUAUUGAGUGCUUGCUGUGUGCGGGAGGGGGCCCCCGAGGCUGGGCCAGGAAGUGCCACCUGCUGACUGACUACCAAAUGUAAGUCUAGAAAGAAUUCCACCCACCUGCCUUGCCCCACUGAAGGCUCACCUGCCUGCCCCUCCUGCCAGGCUGGCUCUGGGAAGUGGGUGAAAGGAAAUGCCAAGGCCACCGCCUUUGCCUCUGGCCACCUCCCAGGGGGCGGUACACUCUGUUGCCUAGUGCUGGGGCAAGAGGGCGGGAUGGUUUCAGCCACCCAGGGAAAGUGGCUGGUGAACUGGGGAUGGCAGCUCCGUUCUGUCCCCUCUGCAGGUGGCCCAGGCAGUGGUAGCAGCAUUCGUGGCAAAGGAUGCCCCGGGUCCUGGAGCGUGCAGAGGGCUGCUGGGCCUGGGUGGUGCUGCUGGCCUCCCUGGUGACCCAGGGCCUCACUCUGGGCUUCCCCACGUGCACUGGCAUCUUCUUCACUGAACUACAGCAUGAGUUCCAAGCCAGCAAUAGUGAGACCUCAUGGUUCCCCUCCAUCCUGACAGCCAUGCUCCACGCUGGGGGACCCCUGUGCAGCAUCCUGGUGGGACGCUUUGGCUGCCGAGUGACGGUGAUGCUGGGGGGCGCACUGGCCAGCCUGGGCAUGGUGACCAGUUCCUUCUGCCGCACCCUUAGCCAGCUCUACCUCACAGCAGGAUUCAUCACAGGCCUGGGCAUGUGCUUCAGCUUCCAGUCGAGCAUCACCGUGCUGGGCUUCUACUUCUCCCGCCAUCGGGCGCUGGCCAACGCACUGGCUUCGGUGGGCGUCUCCCUGGGCAUCACGCUCUGGCCACUGCUCUCCCGCUACCUCCUGGAAGAUCUGGGCUGGAGGGGCACCUUCCUUGUCUUCGGCGGCGUUUUUCUCCACUGCUGUGUCUGUGGAGCCGUUCUGAGGCCCGUGGCCACCAGCGCAGCCCCUGAGACCACAGAAGGCCCCCCUCCACCUUCCAAGACACCUGCUACCAGUUGCCUGGCAGCGUGUGGUCGGGCCAUCCAGCGCCACCUGGCCUUUGAUAUCCUGCGGCACAAUGCGGGCUACCGAGUGUACACGCUGGGUGUUAUGUGGAUGAUCCUGGGUUUUCCGCUGCCGCACGUCUUCCUGGUGCCAUAUGCCAUGUGGCAUGGGGUGGAUGAACACAGGGCAGCCCUGCUCAUCUCCAUCAUUGGCUUUAGCAACAUCUUCCUGCGGCCCAUGGCCGGGCUGGUGGCAGGCCGGCGGGACUUUGCUGGCCACCGGAAGUACCUGUUCAGCCUGGCAGCCCUGCUCAAUGGCCUCACCAACCUGGUGUGCGCCGCGUCGGCCGACUUCCGGGUGUUGGUGGGCUACUGCUUGGUGUACAGCGUGUCCAUGAGUGGCAUUGGGGCCCUCCUCUUCCAGGUCCUCAUGGAUAUUGUCCCCAUGGAUCGGUUCUCCAGCGCCCUGGGCCUCUUCACCAUCCUGGAGAGCAUCUCCAUUCUCAUCUCCCCGCCACUGGCUGGGCUCCUCCUGGACACCACCGACAACAACUUUAGCUACGUUUUCUACAUGUCCAGCUUCUUCCUCAUAUCAGCUGCCCUCUUUAUGGGUGGCAGCUUCUGUGCCCUUCAGAAGAAAGAGAGGCCAGACAAGCAGGCUAAGGCAGAAGGAGCCAUCACGGAGGCUGCCUCAGAGCAGGGCCUCAUGGCGGAGGACUCAUGUGAUUCCAAGAAGCAGCUAUACACCGAGGUCAUGUAUGUGACCAGCGUCUGAGCCCUGAGGUCAGUGAGUGACCACCUCCGCAGCCCAGGAAUGUGAUGUCCAGCUGCUAGGGGCUGGGGUGAGGGGCUGCCCAGGAAGCCCGAAGCAAAAAGCCAUCCAGGCUCUGCACACCGGGAGUCAGCCAGGAGCUGGGACCUUGGAGGCUGGCCUCCAAAGACUCAGGGCUCCUUCCAACCGGCAGAAUCCAGGAGCGGGUCCUCCUGACCUUUUCUUUGGGGUACCAGCAUACCUGGAGCCCAGGAAAGUGAGUCUAAGCCCUGCUUGGGUCUGUCACAGCCGGCUUGGCUCAGCUGGCUGCCCAGUACUUCUGCUGCCACUCAACACACUGGACCCUCCAGUCUAGUGUGGAUGUCUCUGAUGUGACUCUUUGUCCUUCUCCGGCCUCCAGACAGUUCCAAAGAGUUCACCCCUCCUGGAAGGCCCUCCACCCCCUUUCUUCCCAAGGGCCCCAGCCCUUGCCCUCAGGGCGGCCCCCAGCACAGGUUGCCGGGCCUCACGCUGACUGGAAGCUUGAGAAGAAGAACCUCCUGAAAGAAUGAGCUGUGACCGGCAGUGGGGGAGGGCCGGGCUGAGGGGUUGGCGUGGACCCAGGACACGGACAGAUUAACGGUUGGGUAGAGGACCCAUCCUGGUGUCUGAGCAAAGAACUGGAGGGGAGCCCUUGGCUUGGGUCCUAGAAUCAAUGAAGUCUGAGGGGUCCCCUGCACUCAGCAGGGCCUGCUCUACAGUGUCCCUCCCUCCAGUGCCCCCACCUUGUAUCUUGGUCAUGAAGCUGAGUGCUGGGGUAGGGGGAAGCCUGACAUUUGCGUGAGCAGCGGAACGGAAGGAUUGCUAGGCAGGGCGUGAGACCUCUGGGAAAAUGGAGCUGCUUUUGCAGCAGAAGCCUUUCACUCCCUCUCCCUACUGUGUCAGAGGUGUCCACCCUGGGGUAAGUAGCCGGCUGGGCCAGCUGCCAGCCCACCUCCACUCCCAGGGGGCCUGUUCCUGUGGCAUGGAGAUCAGUGCUCCCCACACACAUCCUCUUUUUGCUGGUACUGGUCCCUGAGGUCAUCACUCCAAGCUUGUCCCAGCAGGGUACCACCUGAGGCAGUGGAAAAACAGAGUUUGUUUGAAUUACACACAAAAAACCUUCCCGUAUGUAGCAGGUUAUAAACCCUGUGAACUAAUGAAGCUGGAAAACAGGCCUUGAGUAAGUCCCUCCCCUCCCCCUUCAGUUCUCCCUGCUCAGCAGGGGCUGCUGUGACCCAAGGCCUUGUUUGUUGAUUCAGGCUCAACCAGGCUCUGACAAGAAAGCCUUAUCAGGAAAAUAAAUUUUAUUUUCAUGA